GAUCUAGUGUCGUAAUCGAAACACAACAUCGCAAAACCUCAUCGCUUUUGUAAAAUGUAUUUUGAUUUCCUCAUAAAUCCAUGAGUAAAGGUAAAAAUGAUAUAGGGAGAUAAGUUAUGGCAACAGAAAAUGGCGAUAUUGAAGUCAAGGAAAUUGUUCCUAGUCUUGACGUGGAUUUGCCUUUGGAUGAAGAAAAUGGAGAACGUGUCAGCAACUUGGACGAGUUCGAAACGAGCCGUCUCUCUAUACCGACUUACCAGUGGACAACAACCGAAGACGAUGACAUGGUUGAGAUAAACGCAGAUGUGGUUAUUCCACCGAUUGAGUCACUUUCCGAGUCAGAGGAAACGCAAAAUGGCGCAGAGAUAGACAAAGAUAUGGUCAUAAUCACCGAGCAAGACGUAGAGAAACUGAGCUAUUCACACUUUGAAGAGCUAACGAAAUUCUACUCGAGAAGUAAGAAUUUCGACGAGUGGAUCAUGGUUGAUGCGGAUCACAAGUCCUUUCAACUAAAGGAGAGUUUGUUGCUGUUGAGUUCUGUUUACAAAGAUGACCGCUUAUGUUGUGUUGUACAGUGAGGUUUGGUAUGGCUAGGAGGCUUUUUGACAAAUGCGGCUGUUUCACAACCAGAUAUGCAUACGGAUGAUAAUAGGAUUUUUGGAACUUUGAGCUGUAGGCCUUAGCUCUUCCUAAAUGACAUACUUUCACAUACAUUCUUGAAUCUUAAACAAGAAAAGUGUAUGUCUGUUUCAUUUUCAUAAGGGAUAAUACUGUUGGGGGGAGGGAGGGGGUGUUGAGGCCUGGACAUGCUCUUCUUCUGGAACGAAAACUCAUUUUGUUCUAAUUUAGAUGAUUGAUAGGUUUGAUAAAAAGAAAAGUGGAUAGAAAAUCCUGUAUUUUGGGGGCCUAUAUAAAAUGUUAUUUACUUUAUCCAGGGAACAUGUGAAAGUUUGGAGCUUCUACCAUGCCCAGCCUACUAUAAGAUUGUAAUGGCAACCAUACAAUGCUAUCUUCAAGUUGAUGGAUGCAGCAGUUUUAAAUAUCCAAAAAGAGAUAAUUUAAUCACAUUUUCUUGAGAUUAAUAAAACAACUUAUUUCAAUGUGUAAAAGUGAUCAAUGAAUUUUCGUGGUUAUAAAUCAGAAGAUUGUAAAACAGAUACUUUUUAUCAGUUAUCUAAUUGAACUUCUGUAUCUUGAGACUUGUACUUCAGACUAUUGUCAUAUAUAUUGAAGGCAAAGGUAUCCCUUUUGAGUUACUUCUGAGGAUAAGGUAAAUAUUACUUUAUGCAGGUUUUUGACACCAUGAUUCUAUAAUUCAGUUGCAAGUCAUGAAAGUUUAAGUCCACUACCACAACUUACCAUUGACUGCCAUGGAGUGCUAUGUGUUAGCAUUGACUACCACAACUUACCAUUGACUGCCAUGGAGUGCUAUGUGUUAGCAUUGACUACCACAACUUACCAUUGACUGCCAUGGAGUGCUAUGUGUUAGCAUUGACUACCACAACUUACCAUUGACUGCCAUGGAGUGCUAUGUGUUAGCAUUGACUACCACAACUUACCAUUGACUGCCAUGGAGUGCUAUGUGUUAGCAUUGACUACCAUAACUUACCAUUGACUGCCAUGGAGUGCUAUGUGUUAGCAUUGACUACCAUAACUUACCAUUGACUGCCAUGGAGUGCUAUGUGUUAGCAUUGACUACAAUAACUUGCCAUUGACUAACAUGGACUGCUAUGGUAUUUGGUGAUCCUUAAACAGGCAGAGGGUGGGGCACUGGGGGCAUGUCCAACCCUUUAAUAUUUCUUAAUGUUUCAUAAUUGUGCCCCCUUAUUGACUCCCUGUGCUCCACCCACUUUCGCCCUGUUAAAAAAAACACCAAAUACUAUACUUAAUCCUUGUUAUACAUUUUUCUGCACCCCGUAAGCAAAUCCUGGGUAGGCACAUGCCUACCUACUGGUAGACAACUACUACAAGGGCUAGGGAAGGGGGAAAUGUCAUGCUAUGAAAUUUCUUUUGUAAUGUAGAAGAUGCACAGGGAGCCCAAAGUUAAAAGCAGCUGCGUAAGUGUCUAUAAUCAUUUUAGCAGUACUUGCUAUUGCUUUUUGAUGAAUAUGUUUUUAUUUUGUUUAAAACUAGACUGGCCCUCGAAAUGCAUAGUAUUAUUUUCAGCAUAUUAUCAGUACUUAGCAGUUAAAAUGGUGUUUAGCACUUGACAAAGAAGACGCGAUCCAAUCCAUUGAUCGUCUAUAGCAUUAUAACGGAUUUUCUGUGGUGGUUAAGAGAUUGUGGGCUAGCCUUACUUGCGGCAAUAAUAAAUAUAUUGUAAUUUGUAAGAAUGGGUCCUAAAUAUAAUAAUUAAUUAUUCUUUUUGAGAGGGAAACUAGAGAAGUAAAAGAAAAUAUAUGUUUA